CACUUUGAAUUCAGUCGAGUAAUUUUUCGUACUGCUGACAACCAUGAAGCUCUCGUUGACUCUUCUCGUGAUCUUUGGUCUCGUUGCCUUCAUUGGAGCUGCUCCAACUGAAGAAGACUCCGAAAUUCCAGAAGAACCAAAAACUGAAGAUGUCCCAGAACAAGAGGAAGAAACCCCAGAACAAGCUGAUGAAAACGAUGAGGGCGAAAUGGAAGAAGACGAAGAUCUAGGUUCACCCAUGGCGAAGUUAGAAGUUGAUGAUGACGAUGAUGAUCUUGAAGAUCCAAAAAAGGGCGGUAAAAAGCGUCCACGACGAUGCCCUCGCCCCUAUAAAUCUCACCGUCACUGCGGAAAAGGCCCAAGAGGAAAACGUGUGUGCAAAAAAUGCUGCGUCUAUUGCAAACGGAUUUUCAAGUAUUGCCAUCCACUUAGGAGGUGGUGCUUCUUCAAGAGAGUCUGUCGACGCUGGCGUAGGCGCCGUGUUUGCUCUUACAGACGUAUUUGCAUCCGCGCACAGGUUGCYUGYKYGWUUGCUCAUCGCUGCUUCGUUGCAGGGUGUAGAAAAGCUUAAGUUUUGAUACGAGAAAAAUAGUCAAUAUGGAAACCACCGCAUUAGAUUGAUCAGAUCUUGAAUAACGAUCAGAAUAUCAUAGACAGUAACUUUGUAAAGUAGGCAGUCUCUAUGUUUUUUUUUUCUUUUAGAAAUCUUUGUGUAUAGGAGUACAGCUAUUUUUGAACUCCUGUGCCAUUGAACCUAAUAAUAAAAUAACUGUAUUAAUCGAAUGAUUCAUAAUAAAAUUGAUUUGAAUCCGAAA